AUGUUGCCGUCUGUUGAUAACUCAAACGACAAUCAUAACGGCGAGCACGGAGAUCUCUCCGAUAAUGACGUUGCUCAGAAAGAGGCCAUCAAAGUUUGUGUUCGGAUACGACCCAUGAGCAAUAAAGAGAAAAAAAGAGGUGAUGAAUUCGCCAUCGAGUAUGACAAUGUUUCUGUCAAUGUCAAUUCAAAUGCAACACACAAGCCGAAGGGAAAUAACAGAGAUAAGGGAUUCACUUUUGAUCGAUGUUUUGGGCCUGAUUCAACACAAGACGAAGUUUUUUCAGAGUCUGGAAUAUCGGAUCUAUUAAAAUAUGCUAUUGAUGGCUAUGCAUCUACGGUAUUUGCGUAUGGUCAAACCGGAUGUGGUAAGACAUACACUAUUGUCGGAGAGGAUGAUGCACCUGGGAUUGUGCCUCGAUCAGCCAUCUAUAUUUUCGAUUAUUUGAAUCAAAUGAUGUCAAUACCUGAAGAAACUCAUCAAAUUCGAGUAAGGAUGAGAGCAUCUUGCUUGGAAAUCUAUCAAGAACAAGUGAACGACUUACUUAAUCUAAGAUCUGUAAAUUUACCAGUGCGAUGGAGCAAUAAGGAUGGAUUUUUCGUAGAGAAUUUAUGUCUAGUUGAAGUUGAAAAUCUUGACGAAUUAAUGACAGUGUUCAAUGAAGGAGUUGCAAACAGAAAAGUAUCGUCUCAUGAGCUUAAUAGAGACUCUUCGAGAAGUCAUUCUAUAUUUUCAAUACAUUUCGAUAUUUCAUCCACGGAUCCAGUUGAUGGGUUCCAUAGUAAGCGAUAUGGAUCGAUAAGAUUUGUUGAUUUGGCUGGAAGUGAAAAGCUUAAAAUAUCGAAAUCGAAAUCUGUGACAGAGACCUCAAGUAUUAACAAAUCAUUACUAACUCUCGGAAAAGUUAUUAGUUUAUUAAGCUCUCCAAAAAAAGACAAUCCAUACAUACCCUACAGAGACAGCAAAUUAACAAAAUUGCUUAUGGAUUCUCUAGGAGGAGAAAGUAAGACACUCAUGAUUGCAUGUUUAACCCCUUCAUCAAAAUAUGCUGAAGAAACGCUAAAAACCUUAAUUUAUGCUGGAAGAGUUAAAAAAAUCAAGAAUAUUCCCAUCUCCAAAAUGGACCCUAAAGAAAAGUAUAUUUUGAAACUAAAGGAAGAGAUUAAACUACUUAGAGAUGAGGUUGCAUUAUACAAAGCGAAAGCCCUCACAGUGUCCCCCAAAACAGAAAAAAGUUUUAGGCACGAGGUCAAAUCAUCUGUUGUUGAGUUUCCUCUGGUGGAGCGAAAACGGGUGUCUGCUAAAAACAUGGAGUCGAUAACCAACGAACCGCUUUUUGAAAGCAAGUUACCUCUUAUUUCCAGUGGAGAAAAGCGGAAUUUAAUUGCAAAGGUGGAGGACGACGUGAGAGGUCUAAAUGGUCUGUUGAAGAUCGUAGAGAGGAAUGAUGAUGACAAUGAAGAUGAAGAAAUCAAACGGGCCCAAAUUCACAAUAGUAUUGAAAGCCUUAAAAGUCUAUUGGAAGAAGAGCGACACAUGCACUUGGAGAAAAUACCGCAACUGAAGGCUAAAAUCAAAUUGUUAACAGAAGACAACCGAAGAUGGAAAAGAAUUGUCAGACAUAACAUGGACUUUGAUUCAGAAGAUUAUGAGAAGCUUAAAAUCGAAAACAAAUAUCUCAAACAAUAUUUAGCAUCCAAAGGUUUAGAUCCUUAUGAAGGAACUUCUUUGAGGAGGGACUCAGAAAAAGAAGCAACAAGAGCAGAAUCGAGAAAUGACAAUCAAGAAACUCCACCACCUGUCAUUGACGAUUUUGAAGAGCAUAAUGGACGUGCUUCCAGCCAGGGAUCCUCCCACUCCACCAGCCAAGGCGAGGAUGAGCUUGAGUCUAUUGUAGAAGUCAUUUAA